AUGCAGUGGUCCUACGCGCUAUACACGGUUGUCAUUGCUUUUAUACUGCGAAAGACGGUGUUUGACACCUCGGUGGCAUGUCGCUGUGGCCCAGGUGACCCCUGCUGGCCGUCACAGGAGCAGUGGUGGGAAUUGAACACAACCGUCGGAGGGCAUCUCCAACCGCUGCGACCGGUUGGCCAUUCUUGUGUUGGACCGGACGCCUCGUCCGAGGCAUGUGAGAAAAUCCAAGCCAACUUCCACGAUACAGCAUGGCGUGUCUUGAAUCCUGCAACGAUGCAGGUAGUGGACUGGGAGCAUUCGAGGUCAAAACAGCAAAGCUGUCCAGUGCCGGUUGAAGGUAUCAAUCCCAGUGGCUCUUGUGAUCAGGGGCGUGUAGCUCUCUAUUCGGUGACCGUGAGUUCGGUGGAUCAGGUUCAGUCGGUUGUGCGAUUCGCCACGGACCAUCGGCUGCGGCUGUCUAUCCGCAACACUGGCCAUGAUUUGGCCGGUCGUUCCACUGCCUCGGAGUCCUUGCAGAUCCAUACUGCAGGGCUCAAGGGCAUUCAGCACGUUGCUGAUUUCCAUCCCACAGGUCCUGAUGGCUCAGAUAUGGAGUCACAAGGGCCUGCUGUUACUGUGGGCGCGGGAGUCCUCACAGGAGAGCUCUACGCAGCAGGAGCCGCAUCGGGCUAUACUGUUGUGGGAGGCAGCUGCAGUACUGUCGGUGUGGCAGGUGGCUGGAUGCAAGGCGGAGGAUAUGGAAUUCUUAGUCCUCUGUACGGGCUUGGUGUAGACAACGUACUGCAAUUCAGUAUGGUCACUGCAACAGGAGAACUGGUGAUCGCAAACCCAUAUCAAAACCAGGACCUCUUCUGGGCCGUCCGCGGUGGAGGUGGCGGGUCAUUUGGUGUUGUUACCAGUGUGACCUUCCGAACUCACCCGGAUCCUCCGGUCACCACUGCGCGUCUGAUAGUACAAAGCGAAUCUGGGCCAGACGCAGGCUUCUGGAACGCAGUUCAGGAGGUAUUAUCCAUGGUGCCAUAUUGGGCGGACCGGGGUAUUGCGUCCCUGGGCUUUGCACUUCCAAUUGGACCUGGAUCUGGCUCCAUGCUGUCGAUCGAGUUGUAUGGAGUCAAUCAGACAACUGAAACUCUCCUAACAGAUCUCCCACAGCGUCUACGCAACGCUGGGAGCUCAGUUCACGAUGAAGUGGAACAGGUUCCGCGCCUCUCAAGUUACCUGAACGUCACUCGCGGGCUCGAAAUGGCUGGAGUAAGCAUCCUGCUCACCUCACGCUUGGUAUCAAAGGGCUUGCUGGGAUCCGUGGAAGGGUCGCAUCGAAUUGUGGACACUCUGUCGCGGCUGACCUUCGGUCCUGGUGAUAUGAUUAGCCUCGAGGGCAUGAUGAGUCCAAAAGCACACAAAACGGACACACCACUACAUCCAUCAUGGAAGUCUGCGGUGAUGUCCCUCACUGUUGCUAGGGGCAUGUCGCGUGAUCCUGACUGGAGUCGCUAUCAAGCUGUUGAGACUGAAUUACAACAAGUCGUCGGUCCAGCUCUUGAGGCGUUGGAGGAUGGGAAUAUGGGCAGCUACGGCGGGGUUCCCUUCGCCUCCGAGUCCAAUACUGCGCAGCUGUUCUGGGGCUCUAAUUACCCCCGUCUGCUGAGUAUCAAACGCCAAUGGGAUCCUUCUGAUCUCUUCCUUACUCGACUGGGGGUGGCCAGCAAGGACUGGGACGAGGCUGGAAAGUGUCCGAUCAGAUCAUGGCAUCGGGUUAUUCUAUCGCAGGCGAUUGAAAAGGUUUGGACUUUGGUUAAAUGA